AUGGGGGAAACUGUGAUGGGAGUGUACGUCGUGAAGAAGGUGGGUGCGGAGCCUGAAGAUGAGCCAGAGGACAUUGGAGUCUUGAUUGAGGGUGUGGAGGUCCUCAGUGGUUUGGGUGACAUUGCGAUUGCCUGUGCUCUGCUCUUUGGACUUAUCUACUGUCUGAACCUGAGCUACCCACCAAAGCUCAAAUGCACUUUUGAAGUCCUGCAGAAGAUUCUCCUAAACCUGGAUGGGCAGAGGUUGUCAUCCAAGCCUCUGACUCAGCAGCAGCAGCAGCGGCAGCAGCGGCACAGCUCACCUGGACCGGAGCGCACCGAGCCCAGCUCCACCCAGACCUGCGCUCCGACACGGGGGGACGGCUGCACUAAGGCCCGGCGCUGCGCUGCGGUUCGGUCAGACCGACAAAAGGUUGAGGUGGACGCACAGUUGUGGAUCAAAUACUAUCCCCCCGCUGCACCCGGAGACAAUCAGCAGCAGGAAGAAGCUCAAACCUCCUCCUCUUCAUCUUCCUCCCAACUUUUCUGUGAAGAUCUACGUUCCAGCUUAUAUUUUGUCAAUGCAUCUGUGCAAGAGGUAGUGUUCGCCAGCACCACAGGGACAUCGGUGCCCUGUCCCGCCGCAGGCCUGCCCCCAGUCUCACUGCGCUGGUACCUGGCCACAGGCGAGGAGAUCUACGACGUGCCAGGGAUCCGCCAUGUGCACCCCAAUGGCACCCUUCAGAUCUUCCACAUCCCCCCUUCCAGCUUCAGCAAACUCAUCCACGACAGCACCUACUAUUGCACAGCGGAGAACCCCUCAGGGAGAAUCAGGAGCCAGGAUGUCCAUAUUAAGGCUGUCCUUCGAGAGCCCUACACUGUCCGGGUGGAGGACCAGAAAGCCAUGAGAGGCAAUGUGGCGGUCUUCAAGUGCAUUAUCCCUGCCUCAGUGGAGGCCUACAUCACUGUUGUGUCCUGGGAGAAAGACACAAUGUCAAUCAACGCUGAAAUGUCUCGGUUUCUCAUCACGUCCACGGGAGCCCUGUAUAUCCUGGAUGUGCAAAUGGAAGAUGGGCUGUACAACUAUAGGUGUAUGACACGCCAUCGAUACACAGGAGAGACCCGACAGAGCAAUAGUGCCCGCCUCAUUGUCUCAGACCCCAUCAACUCAGCGCCCCACAUCCUGGACAGCUUCGAGCGUCGUGAGGUGAUGGCAUCUCAUCGAGUGGAGUUACCCUGCAAGGCCUCUGGUCACCCCGCACCCAAGUACCGCUGGCUAAAGGACAACCGGCCUCUGGAGCCUGACACACGCUUCAGACAGAGUGUGACAGGCCUGCUGAUAGAGAGAGCCCAUUCCAGUGACACAGGGACGUAUGUGUGUGAGGUGUGGAAUGGCUACGGCAAUGCUGAGGUGGUUGGCAGGCUGCUGGUAAAAGAGCCCCUGAAGGUGGUAGUGAGUCCGCGGAAGGUGAAGGGCAGCGUGGGAAGCCAAGUUUCACUGUCCUGCGGUGUCACCGGCUCCGAGGAGUACCAGCUCUCCUGGUACCGUAAUGGAGAGCUCAUCUACCCCAGUAACAGCGUCCGCAUGACAGGCGAGAACAGGGAGAACCUGGUUAUGGCUGGUAUGGCCAAGAGUGAUGGAGGAGCCUAUCAGUGUUUCGCCAGACAUGGCAAGAUGUCAGCCCAGGACUUUGUCCAAGUCAUACUUGAAGAUGGCACCCCCAAGAUUCUGGCUUCAUUCAGCGAGAAGGUCUACAACAUCAAUGAGUUUGUGUCGCUGUCGUGCACUGUGAAGGGCACGCCGGAGCCACGGAUAACAUGGACUCUGGACGACGAACCUGUCAUACGGGACAGCCGCCACCGCAUCUCACACUACACCAACGGCGAAGGUCACAUGGUCAGCCACCUCAACAUCAGCCAGACCCAGGUGCCCAACGGAGGGGUGUAUCGCUGCAUCUGCAACAACUCGGCCGGGACAGUUUCCUACCAGGCGCGAAUAAACGUAAGAGGGCCUGCCAGCAUCAGACCAAUGAAAAACCUCACUGCCAUCGCUGGCCGGGAUAUGUACAUCCACUGCCGUGUCAUUGGCUACCCGUACUACUCCAUCAAGUGGUACAAGGACUCCAACUUGCUGCCGUACAAUCACCGGCAGCGGGCCUUCGAGAACAACGGGACCCUGAAGCUGUUUGACGUGCAGAAGGAUGUGGACGAAGGAGAAUAUACGUGUAAUGUGCUGGUGCAGCCUCAGCUCUCCACUCACCAGAGCGUCUACGUUACUGUUAAAGUCCCGCCCACCAUCCACCCCUUCGAGUUCCCUCGGUUUUCCAUUGGCCAACGAGUCUUCAUCCCCUGUGUGGUCAUGUCUGGCGACCAGCCCGUCUUCAUCACCUGGCAGAAGGACGGUCGGCCGAUCCCAGCCAGCCUUGGUGUCACCAUAGACAACAUCGACUUCACCAGCUCCCUGCGCGUCUCCAAUCUCACACUGAUGCACAACGGCAACUACACCUGUGUCGCACGCAACCAGGCGGCCGCCGUGGAACACCAGAGCCAGCUCAUUGUCCGAGUCCCUCCCAAGUUUGUGGUACAACCUAAGGACCAGGAUGGCAUCUAUGGAAAAGCGGUGAUAUUAAACUGCUCGGCAGAAGGUUAUCCUGUCCCUACCAUCCAGUGGGAGUACUCUAAAGGUGCCGGGGUCCCUCAAUUCAAACCCAUCGCCCUCAACUCAGGCUUUCGGACCCAGGUGCUGGUCAACGGCUCUCUGCUCAUUAAGCAUGUGCUGGAAGAAGACAGUGGCUUCUACCUGUGUAGAGUCAGCAACGAUGUCGGAGCUGAUGUCAGCAAGUCCAUGUAUCUCAAUGUCAAAAUCCCGGCCAUGAUCACAUCCUACCCCAACACCACGCUGGCCACGCAGGGUGAGGAGAAGAAGAUGAGCUGCACAGCUCACGGUGAGAAACCCAUCAUGGUGCGAUGGGAGAAGGAGGAACGCAUCAUCAACCCAGAGACCAGCCGCUACGUGGUUUCUGUCAAAGAGCUGGGCGAUGAAGUCAUCUCGACCCUGCAGAUCAUGCCCACAGUGAGGGAGGACUCUGGCUUCUUCUCCUGCCACGCCAUCAACUCCUUCGGUGAAGACAGAGGAAUCAUCCAGCUCACAGUGCAAGAGCCCCCGGACCCCCCGGAGGUGGAGAUCAGAGAGGUGAAGGACAGGACCAUUGCCUUGCGUUGGACUAUGGGUUUUGAUGGCAACAGCCCAAUCACAGGCUUUGAUAUUGAGAGCAAGAACAAAUCAGCCUCCUGGGAUACCGCUCAGAAGACCAAAGAUGUCUCACCUCAGCUCAACCAGGCCACCAUCAUCGACCUGCACCCCUCCUCCACCUACAACAUCCGCAUGUUUGCAAAGAACCUGAUCGGCAAGAGCGAGGCCAGCAACGAGCUCACCAUCACCACUGAUGAAGCAGCUCCUGAUGGACCCCCCCAGGACGUGCAGCUCGAAGCCCUCUCCUCUCAGAGCAUCCGCGUCUCGUGGAGGCCUCCCAAGAAGCACCUCCAGAAUGGGGCCAUCCGGGGCUACCAAGUGGGCUACAGAGAGUACAGCUCAGGUGGAAACUACCAGUUCAGUGUGAUCAGCGUGGAAACAACAGGGGACAAUUCAGAGAGCCUGGUGCUGGACAACCUGAAGAAGUUCACCCAGUAUGGAGUCGUGGUGCAGGCCAGCAACAGCGCUGGGACUGGGCCCUCUUCCACAGAGGUGGCCGCUACCACACUAGAGGACGUGCCCAGUCGUCCUCCAGAGAACGUCCAGGCCACAGCCACGUCUCCAGAGGUCAUCUCCCUGUCCUGGCUGACCCCUCCCAAAGACGCUCUGAACGGCAACCUGCUGGGAUUUAGGGUCAUCUACUGGGCCAACCUGCCUGAUGGAGAGCUCGGAGAAAUCAGGAACGUGACGACCUCCAAGCCCUCUCUGGAGCUGGAUGGACUGGAGAAGUACACAAACUACAGCAUCCAGGUGUUGACCUUCACCAGAGCAGGAGAUGGUGUUCGCAGCGAGCAGAUUUACACCCGCACCAAGGAGGACGUUCCUGGUCCUCCGGCAGGCGUGAAGGCCGCAGCUGCAUCCAACGCUGUGGUGUUUGUGUCCUGGCUUCCUCCUCUCAAAGUGAACGGCAUCAUCAGGAAAUACACCGUCUUCUGCUCCAACCCCCACCCCACGGUGAGCAGUGAGUUUGAGGCUGCCCCAGAUGUGUUCUUCUACCGCAUCCCCAACCUGAGCAGGAACCGGCAGUACAGCAUCUGGGUGGUGGCCGUCACCGCUGCAGGCCGUGGAAACGCCAGUGACAUCAUCACCGUCAAACCCAUGGCUGAGGCUCCGGCUCGGAUUCUGACCUUCAACAGGACAGUGACGACCCCCUGGAUGAGGGACAUCGUGCUGCCUUGUAAAGCAGUAGGUGAUCCAUCCCCAACCAUCAAGUGGCUAAAGGAGAUCAAUGGCACCCCAGCACCUGUUGUGAUUGACAGCCGACGCAGCGUCCACGGUAACGGCAGCCUCGUUAUUCGCACGGUGAAAGCAGAGGAUUCUGGGAACUACACUUGCAUGGCCAGUAACAGCUUUGGGUCUGACAAGAUCGUCCUCAACCUGCAGGUUCAAGUUCCACCUGACCAGCCUCGUCUCACUGUGACCAAGACAACCACCACCUCUAUAACGCUCUCCUGGAUCCCAGGGGACAACGGAGGCAGCUCCAUACGAGGCUACAUUCUGCAGUACUCGGAGGAUAACAGUGAGCAGUGGGGUAACUUUGCCAUCAGUCCCAGUGAGCGCUCUUAUCGGCUAGAGAACCUCAAGUGUGGCACCUGGUACAAGUUUACCCUCACGGCCCAGAAUGCAGUGGGGCCAGGACGCAUCAGUGAGAUUAUUGAAGCAAAGACUCAUGGGAAAGAACCUCAGUACGCUAAAGAACAGGAGCUCUUCACGAGCAUCAACGCCACCCGGGUCAAGAUUAACCUGAAUGGCUGGAAUAACGGUGGAUGCCCCAUCACCUCGUUCACCCUGGAGUAUCGGUCUGUAGAAGCGCCCACGUGGACCACAGCUCAGCGCACCUCCAUCACAAAGAGCUACGUCCUGUACGACCUGCAGGAGGCCACCUGGUACGAGCUGCAGAUGAAGGUCUACAACAGCGCCGGCUACGCUGAGAAGAGAGUCAAGUUUGCGACGCUCAGCUACGAUGGCAGUACCAUCGCACCUCAGGUGAAGGCGCCCAAUGUGAGUGAGGACCAGUCAGGCGGGGGCGAAGGUUUGAAGAUGAUGGUCACCAUUUCCUGCGUGCUGGUGGGCAUCGUUGUAAUCUUCAUCGGGCUGCUGGUGCUGAGGAGGAGGAGGAGGGAGCAGAGGCUCAAGAGGCUCCGAGAUGCUAAAAGUUUGGCCGAGAUGCUCAUGAGUAAAAACACACGCCCAGCUGAGCCCAUUAACAAACAGCAACAGACGCUCCGCAUGCACAUCGACAUCCCCAGGGCCCAGCUCCUGAUCGAGGAGAGAGACACCAUGGAGACUGUUGACGACAGGUCCACUGUGCUGCUGACCGAUAACGACUUCGGGGAGACCCAGAAGCAGAAGUCGUCCACAGUCACUCACACUGUCCACUACCAGUCGCUGUCCCAGGCCACCGGGCCGCUGGUAGAUGUGUCCGAUGCCCGACCAGGAACCAACCCCACUGCCCGCCGCACAGCCAAAGCCGGCCCAGCUGCUCGCAACCGCUACGCCAGCCAGUGGACGCUGAACCGACCACACCCCCCGGUCUCCUCCCACACCCUCAGCACUGACUGGAGGCUGCCCACACCCAGAGUCGCAGGCUCAGUCGACAAGGAGAGUGACAGCUACAGCGUCAGCCCAUCUCAGGACACAGACCGAGCAAGGAGCAGCAUGGUGUCGACAGAGAGCGCCUCCUCCACCUACGAGGAGCUUGCCCGAGCGUACGAGCACGCCAAGAUGGAGGAGCAGCUGCGCCACGCCAAAUUCACCAUCACCGAAUGCUUCAUCUCUGACACUUCCUCCGAGCAGAUGACGGCAGGAACCAACGACUACACCGACAGUCUGACCUCCAGCACGCCGUCCGAAUCAGGCAUCUGCCGUUUCACUGCUUCCCCGCCCAAGCCUCAGGACGUCAGCCGGGUCAUGAACAUGGCCGUGCCCAAGGCCCACAGACCGGGGGGCGAGUUGGUUCACCUUCCUCCGUACCUGCGCAUGGACUUCCUGUUGAACCGAGGCAUGUCCUGCUCGGGGUCGUCCAGGGGCACAGCGAGUGGGGAGAGAGCUGCCAUGGGUCAGGCGUGUCUGGAGCCUCAGAAGAGUCGUUCGCUGAAGCGGCCUUCUCGCAUGGCGCCCCCAACACCCACAGAGGCCCCUCAGGCCAGCAGGGACCCAGGGCCCCAGUGGCAGCCUGGCUCCGCAGCCACGCUCCCCCACAGAGAGGGCUCGGAGCUGGCCCAGGCCGCCAAGCUCAGCACGUCCCAGGAGUCCCUGCUGGACUCGCGAGGACAUCUCAAACAGACCAGCAACCCCUACGCAAAGUCCUACACGCUGGUAUAA